CGCGAAGGAAAGGAAUGGCUAGGAAAUGGUCGAAAGGAUUGGUCGCGCGUGUCUAUAAAUAUUCCUCUCCAUCCGUCUUCCAGCCUCCGCCAUCCCCGCAUCAAUUCAGAUUUCACAUAGCUUCGAUCGAGCAGCACAGCGCAGUAAGCAGCUCAGCUGCCUGUCUUGGUGUGUCGGAGGCGGAGGAGGGGAAGCUAGAGGAAGCCGAAGCCAUGUGCUACCAGGUGAAGUGCGGGGCGUGCGGCAAGUCCACGUGGGCGGGGUGCGGCCGCCACGUCGCGUCGGUGCACCGGCAGAUCCCCGAGGGCCAGCACUGCGCCUGCCGCGACUGGCCCGGCGUGGUCCCGGCCGGCGACAAUGCAGCCGCCGACGGCGCCGCGGAGGGGUCGUCCUCUUCUUCCACGUCCACCUGCGCUAUCCUGUGAGCGAUGCGCGCGCUCGCUGCUCCUGGACCCGGCGGUAUCGGCUUGCGUGUGUGCUCCUGGACCAAGGAUUGUGUGUUAGAUUUGUUUUGUCGUGUUAUGUAAACCUCGCUUUGAGAAUAAUGAUGGGUGAUUAGUUCUCUCUUUA